CGCACGUAUAAGUUGCGUGACAUUAUAGCAUUGUAAAGUCAAAGCUAGCCCCAAGUGUUUAUUUCGUUUGGCAUGAUUCAGCGCAUUCACCGUUUCAUCUUACAAUGGAACCGGCAAUAUCAAACUCACGGUACGCUUCAUUUGUGAUCAACCUUUCUAUCUUCAGUAUUGGGCUUUCUACUACAUAUUCACUUGCGUGCUUGAACCCGUUGGUGCCAGUUAUUCGGAAAAUUUACAAUGAGACUUAUCAUACCCGACACCAAGAAGAUAUUCCUGAGGACACGUGGACAUUACUAUUAACUUUGACAAUGUCGAUGCUUGUAGUCGGAGCUUUCUGUGGAUCCUUAACCUUCAAAUUUGUACUAAGCCAUUUGACGCGUAAACAAAUCAUGGUUAUCUCUCAUAUAUGUAACAUAACUGGAUAUGCAACUGUUGCAAUUGGAGCAGGGAUUUGGGGGUCGUACGAAGCUUUCAUCGUUGGUCGUUUUAUCAGUGGCAUUUCGACUGGACUUGGUUUGAGUUUGAUUCCUCUUGUGGCAAAUGAGUUAUGUGUCUCACAUCGACAGCAAUUUUAUGGAGGAGUUCUCGGUACAAGUUUUCAACUUGGUUCACCAAUUGCUGUAUUAAUCGCCUGGCCAGAGGUUUUAGGAACCGAUGAAUUGUGGAUAGGUGUCAUGUUGUUUGGAAUGGUCUAUUCAGCAUUGUAUUUAGUGUUUGCUUACUGGCUCACCGAUACACCCUUGCAAAUCUUAACAAGAGAAGGCGAGGAAAAAGCGAUGAAGAUUCUAAGAAAGCUGCGGAAAGGGGACGGGUCCGAAAUUAAAGCGGAGAUGCACCUCCUCGUAAAAGAUGUAGCAAAGAAAGGUGAAGCCAGUGCUAUUGCUACCUUUGUGGAAGUAAUGAAAAUUUCCCAAUACAGAAAGCAUUUUAUUGGAGUUGUUAUACUAUUUUCUUUUGUGAUGGCCUGUGGAUUGAACAACAUUCUGUUUUAUUCGAAUUCAAUAUUUCUAAAUGCUGGACUGGAUGAUAUUGUCGUGACACCUGCAACUCUAGGAGUGCUGGCAUUAGGACCCAUAUUUUCUGUGAUUGGGAUAUAUAUUGUGAACUGUGGAGUCGAACCCAAAUAUCUUCUUAUCAUCGGAAGCCUCAUUGCUGUUGUUGGAGAUGCGUUCCUUACUGCAUGUCUCGCGACAUCUGACACAGUGCCUGGAAUGUCAAUUGCUGCGAUCGCCGCCGUUUGUAUCUUUUAUAUCGGGUUUACGUUUAUUAACUUAAUUUGCUACAUGAUGAGCGGUGCUAUAGCAAUAGACAAAACGAGACCUGUUUGUACCAAUGUAGGAGCGGCAUCUCUGUGGUUUUUCGCUUGGUUUGUUGGAUUCAUGUCACCAUAUUUUGAGAUAUGGAUCGGACCGUACGCAUUCUUAGUGUGGAUGGGAUUCACCAUCAUUAUACUGAUUUAUAUUAUAUUCUUUGUGCCAACUAUCGGAGGGAAAACAUCGGAUGAGAUUCAAGAAUAUUACAAAGACCGUAAACCGACAGAUUUUUACGAAGAAAAAUUUACAUCUGUGCAGACCGCACUAUAAAUAAUAAAGGCGAUAUGCAAAUCAUGUUCUCAAAAAACUGGAUUAUCGUAAUUUUAAUUUAUAGAUGAUUUUUCUGUUUUAGUAAUUAUCAAACACUAAAGGCUUUUAUUUUACGAGCCCGACA